GUGUGCGACGCGGUGCGGUCCAGUGUUUAUGAUUCGGCCCGGUACUCCCUGGAGUCUAGAGAAAGCGCACGAGUCUGCUGCAGCAGCGGUACGGCGACCAUGCGUUGUUGUUGGAAAACUAGCGCGAUCGGUCUCGGUCUGUAGGUCAUCGCCGGUCGUUUCGCGACAAGUUUCGCUCGCAGUGCAGUACACCUUUGCUGGAUGUACACUUCCGUUGUAGCUGUUCUUCUUACGGCAGUGAUCUUAUUAUAUUCUGUAGAUCUGCGUGGAGUGCAUUUCCGUUCCGUUCGUUGCCGUAGCUGUGAGCCGCUGCUCCAUGCAGGAUCGUGUAUUAAUUUUCUUUUUCGGGGAAGGUAGUGUUUAUGGUGAAUGAUCCCUUAAAGAAGAUGAAUGGUACUCGUUGUCUCAUUUAUGCUACGUUCAACGAGCAGUUGAAGCCAUUGAGUGUUGUUUUGUAAAAGAAGAUAAGAGGUUCCCAUCGUGCGUCAUGAACACACAGAAAAGUUGCAAAGUGAUAGUGCAAUGUCUUCUCGUUAACCUGUGCCACCGUUACUGCCGCCGGUCACUUUAGAUGGAGAAGGUCAUUGGAGUUCAAGUGGAUGCAAUGAGGAAAAAAAAUGUUCCAUGUCGUCUUCUUUCAUGCUACAAUGAUGAAGUCUUCUCAUUAGUCAAUGUGUGAAAAGUAUGCCAUUUGGAUGGAUGCGCGUACUGAUGGCCGUUGAUGUUGUUGUUGUUGAGCAAUGUGUUCUCGAGAAAGGAAAGAAUUAUUUUCUUGUUCAGUUCGUGUGCAGUGCGUUUGCUUGUAGAAAAAGCAAAAGCUGAGCGUUCUGCUAUCCAUGUUGGAGCUGAUACCUGGAAUUAUGAGAGGUGUUCGAAUAAAAGUUAUGAAGUGAAUGAUGGUGAAUUUCGUACGAGUGUUGUGAGUGGUACCUACAAUCAGGGAACUCCCUGUAAAAUAACCGUAAUGUGAUAGAUUGUGUUGCGGUUUUUGUAUUUUUUUCUGUAUCGUCCUGGAAGUUGAAAGCGACGUUGUUUGUGGGAAAACACUUGGAAGGAGAGUUACAAUCUGUCUACCAGGAAGUGGGUUUCCGAUCGUGGGAACCGUAUGUAGUGUAAACCUGCGACACAAUGAAGAGAAAGGAUAAAAUUACUAUGAUGGAUAUUGUGCUUAUAUGGGCGCUCAAGGCAGUGAAACAGUUCAUAGAUCUAAUAAACAGCUCCAGCAGCAAUGAUCCAAACCGAAAGGCGGUCACACCGGCGAUUGCAACCAAAUUCCUGCUGGCACGUAAAUUUGACAUUCCGCGGGCGGUGGCACUAUAUGAACAGCACGAGCUGAUCCGACAGCGCGAGGGCCUCUAUGGGUUCGAUCCGAUGUUGGAUCCCUUGCGAGCUGAACUGGAGACGGGGAAGUUCACCAUACUGCCCGGACGGGAUGCCAGCGGUGCCGCGAUCGCUCUGUUCACUGCCAACCUGCACUGCCCGAUGACGGUCACACACAAAACCACCCUCCAGGGCGUGGUAUAUCAGCUGGACGUUGCGCUCCAGAGUGCGGACACGCAAAAGGCAGGCCUGGUGUUCAUUUACGAUAUGAGCACCUCCAAGUAUUCAAACUUCGAUUACGAUCUGUCGCAGAAAAUACUCACACUAUUGAAGGGUGGCUAUCCGGCAAGACUGAAAAAAGUACUGAUCGUAACAGCACCGCUAUGGUUUAAGGCCCCCUUCAAGAUCCUUCGAUUGUUUGUGCGCGAAAAGCUGCGAGAGAGGGUGUUUACCGUGUCGAUACCACAGCUGAGUCUGCAUGUGCCCCGGGACUCUUUGCCAGGGCGGUUAGGUGGAACGCUGGACUACGAUCAUUCCUCAUGGUUGCUUCAUUGCUACAAAUCGAUGACGAAUCGUGAGGACGAAAUAAUCGCUGAUCAGCAGCAGCAGAGCGCCAACGGUACAUCGCAAACCAACAACAGUAGUAUGGGAAGCGGAUCGGCGGCAGCAGUUACCACGGGCAUUCUGGAUCCGCACCUGGCCGGUUCGGCUGCCGGUACCACCGACCUUUCGGAUUACGUUUCGGGCCACCACAGGUCGCCCAGCAAUAACAUCGAUCACAUCGGUGUCGAGGACAUCUCGGACCUGGCGGCGGCAGCUACCCAUCACCACCAUGUGCAUCACAACCACCACCACCACCAUCACAAUACCAGCAGCGAGCUGUGGAAUGAAAAUCCGCCAAGCAGCGCGUCGUCCGGAUUCAGCGACGACGACAGCCUGGCCGGUGCCGAGGGUGAUCCAAAGACAAUAGAUCAGAUUGUACAAAUGGUGCGGGAACGAGGCAAACAGGGCCUGAUACGGGAGUAUGCCGAGAUCAAGGCCCGCGCUCCGGAUGGGACGUUCACGCAUGCAAAGUUACGCAACAACCUGGCGAAGAACCGUUACACCGACGUAUUGUGCUACGACCACAGUCGGGUCGUCCUGUCACAGGAAGCCGAUGAUCCGACGUCGGAUUACAUCAACGCAAACUUUGUCGACGGCUACAAGCAGAAGAAUGCGUACAUCUCGACGCAGGGCCCACUACCGAAGACGUCGUACGACUUUUGGCGGAUGGUUUGGGAACAGCACUGUCUGGUGAUAGUAAUGACCACGCGGGUUAUGGAGCGGGGCCGGGUGAAAUGUGGCCAGUACUGGGAACCGAGCGAAGCGACCAUCGUUGAGUACGGUUGCUACCAGGUGCGAACACUGUCGGUGGAAGCCAACGAGGACUAUACGGUGGCCGAGUUAGAACUAAAGAAUACUAAGACUGAUGAAAUGCGCUGUGUAUCCCACUGGCAGUUUACCAGCUGGCCAGACUAUGGAGUGCCGGCCUCGGCACGGGCUAUGUUGAACUUUUUGCAGCGUGCCCGCGAGAAACAAGCCGAUAUGGUUAAGGCCCUAGGCGAUUUAUGGGCUGGACAUCCACGGGGGCCUCCGAUUGUGGUACAUUGCAGUGCCGGGAUUGGACGAACGGGAACAUUUAUCACACUGGAUAUCUGCAUAUCUCGGCUGGAGGAUGUUGGAACGGCGGAUAUCAAAGGAACGGUCGAGAAAAUUCGGUCACAGCGAGCUUAUUCAAUUCAGAUGCCCGAUCAAUACGUAUUCUGUCAUCUGGCGCUGAUUGAGUAUGCACUAUCCCGUUCAAUGUUGCAGUCGGCGGACUUAUCCGGUUUUGACGACAGGGACGAGGAAUCCGAUUAGGGUGUAUGUUCGUAGUGAUUAGGCUAUGAGAGGUUUUUGUUUCGAUUAUUAUCAUUUUUGUGUAGACUUUAAUUACGAAAUGUGCGAGAUCAUGUUGGAACUGAUGAGUGAGUAGUGCAUCUUGAGAAUACAUAUUUUAAAUCUUUAGAUAAAAGAUAACGAGAGAUGGAAAUAUUUUAAACUCUAUAGAAACAAUGUGUAGAAAUUACAGAUCGGAAACGAAAAUCAAACUUCCCCAA